GCAGGAAGGCGUGGGGCUCCCUCAAUCCCUGGAAUACCCAGAGGCCCACCCCGCCGCCCAUGGAUCACCUCCCGCCAUGAGCACGGACGCCGAGCCGCUCCUGGCGGCCGGAUUCCCGCUGUGGAGCAUCUCCAGCUGGUCCAGCUCCCCGCCCGCCGCCAACAGCAGCGGCGGGGCGGCGGGAGAGGCGGCGGGGCUGGCGGGCACGGUGCUGCUGCAGUGCGCCUACGGGCUGCUGUGCCUGCUGGGGCUGGCCGGCAACGCGCUGGUCAUCUUCGUCAUCCUGCGCUACGCCAAGAUGAAGACGGCCACCAACAUCUACCUGCUCAACCUGGCCAUCGCCGACGAGCUCUUCAUGCUCAGCCUGCCCUUCGCGGCCACGGCGGCGGCGCUGCGGCGCUGGCCCUUCGGCCGCGCUCUCUGCCGGACCGUGCUGGGCGUGGACGGCCUCAACAUGUUCAGCAGCGUCUUCUGCCUCACCGUGCUCAGCCUGGACCGCUACAUCGCCGUGGUGCACCCGCUGCGGGCCGCCUCCUACCGCCGCCCGAGCGUGGCCAAGCUGGUCAACGCCGCCGUCUGGCUGCUGGCGCUGCUGGUGGCCUCGCCCAUCCCGGUGUUCGCCGGCACCGCGGCCACCCGAGACGGCCGGGCCGUGGCCUGCGACCUGCUGUGGCCCAGCCCGGCGUGGGCCGCCGCUUUCGUGGUGUACAGCAGCGCGCUGGGCUUCGUGCUGCCCGUGGUGGCCAUGGCGCUGUGCUACCUGCUGCUGGCCGGCAAGAUGCGCGCCGUGGCGCAGGGCGUGGGCUGGCGGCAGCGCCGGCGCUCCGAGGGCAAGCUGACCCGCCUGGUGGUCACCGUGGUGGCCAUGUUCGUGGUCUGCUGGCUGCCUUUCUACGUGGUGCAGCUGCUGGAGCUGCUGCUGCCCGGCCGGCUGGACGCCAGCGCGCACAACGCCUCGCUGCUGCUCAGCUACUGCAACAGCUGCGCCAACCCCAUCCUCUACGCCCUGCUCUCCGAGAAUUUCCGCCAUUCCUUCCAGGGGGUGCUGCGCCGCUGCAGGGAUGCCGGCCCGUGCUGCUGGCGAGCCGGCGACAAGGACGGAGGGGACAGCGAGGACGAGGAGGAGCCGCUGGAUUACUGCGCGGCGCCGCGCGGUGACACCAAGGGGUGCGUGUGUCCCCCCCUGCCCUGCCAGCAGGACCCCCUGCGCCCCCAGCCCUGCUGCGCGCCCGGGGCUCUGCUCCCCAAAACCACCCCUUUCUAAGGGGGAAAACCCCAAAAUCGGCGUGGAAAGGGGAUGCCGGCUCUCCGAAAUAAAAAAAAAAAAAGCCAUAAGGCUGGCCCAGGGCGGA